AUGUCUAUGGGUGCGAUAGCCUGGUUGAAGGUGCUAGAGGAAGCGAGGCUAUCUGAGUCGGAUCUAACAGUAAUCUGCAAGCCCCUGGUGGUGGAGAGCGAGCUCUUGGCCGGGGGCCACACCGUCAUCGUGGUCUCGCAUCGCCUGGGCCACUUGGCCGAGUGUGCGCGGCCGGCGAGUGACGUGGUGGUCCGGGUGCGAGAUGGAACGCUGGAGGGCGUCUGGAGCGAUGUGCGGGAGUUGGUUGUGAAUGGAGACGGGGAGCUGCGAGGCCAGGCCAGAUAUCGGCUUGAAUGGCCUUACUUCUCUCUGUACCCCCAUGAAUAG